CUUCUUCCCGUUGCAGCCCGAGAGGAAAAAAAAUGGGGAACCCAGCCAUGCCUUUGAGAAACCGGUGAGAUAAGCUUGGUUUUCUCCUUCCUUUCUUGCUCUAGAACACACCUAGAACCCAGAAAUCUUCCCCCCUGCUGGAAAAGCCGGAUCUGCCCUGCUCUGCUUUGUCCUUCCGCCGGCUGCUCUUGAUUGUGGGUGAUUUCUGGGCAUUUUUUUGGGUAAGAACAGCCCCUAAUUCCUUUGUUCUUGCUUGAAUUGGCUUGGGUUAACUUUGAUUGCUCUUGUUCCUCCAAUUUUGGGUAGUUCCGUGAGCUUCCCCCUGCAGAUCCCGCCGGCCUUCCCCAAUCUGCAGCUCCGGUUUUAGCUGGAGAAUUAUGGUAUGUGACAGCCUUUUAAGGCUUAAAUUGUCCAUUUAGUUUGCUGCCUUGUAUGUCCGAAUUGUGUUGGAAAAAUGGGGGAAAUUCCGGUAGCCUUUGAGCAUGUUUUAAGCUUGGUUUAAGUGUAAAUUAGCUUGAUUUAGAUUGUUGUGUGAUUUUUGGAGAAAAUCCUGUGGAAUUAGCUAGUGUUUUGGCCAAUUUGUGAAAGUCGGGUGGUAUUAAUUCUCGAAAUAUCUUGAUUAGGUUCUUGAUCGUCCUAUCAGUUUAGUACGUGAAUUGAGUACUCGGUUUUGCGGAGUGAGGACGUGAAAUCGAGGACGGGGAAACCACGGGAAGUGACGAGUUAGAAGGCUAGCUAUUUCGAGAUUGAUUUAGAUUCUAGAGAUCGUGAUCUUGUAAGCUAGAGUGUAUUUGGAGAUUUAUGAUAUCAGAGAGAUUUUAAAGAUUUGAUCUUCAGAUUUUGAUGGUAUCAGAGUGUGAAUUUGAUAAGUUCCGAGCCUUGUGCAUUUGUGGGACUCGUAUCACGAGUGCACGGUGUCUGUCGCGCCUCAAAUUUGGGUUUUGGGGCGUGACAGAUUUAGUGGUAUCAGAGCUUAGGUUUGAUUAAGAUUUAGUGGUAUCAGAGCUUGGUUUAAAUUAAGAGUUUUGGAUUAAAUUAAGCACCUCCAGAUUGAGUGGCAUUAGAGCAGAUUGAGUGGUAUCAGAGCUUAGAUUUGAUUGAAUACCUAGGUUUAAUUGAAUACUUAGGAUUUGUUUUGGACUUGGCUAGCCAAUUGAUUUUAGAACCAUGGUGAGACAAGUGAUGGGGUUAUAUAAGGGACAAUUCUGAUUCAUGUUGCCUGAAUUUUCUCAUCCAUUUCGAUGAGAUGGUGAUCUGAUUGUUCUUGUUUCUUGCCUUCAUACUCUGUGUGAAGUUGUGAAAGUAAUCUUGCCCAUUAUGUCCUGAAGACCUUGUUUUGAACUUGGUCAUUUUCUGAUUGUCCGCACUUGUUUAGACUUGUUACGUGAAUAGAAUUUUUGUCUACUCUUUUGCCACAAUUGUAAAAUCUGGGGAGUUGCAGAGAUUUUUUUGCUAUUGAUCUUGUUGAUCUCUACAGCAUAGCUGGUGGAGAAUUUGUUUUGCUUGUUACAUGACCAGUGGAAGAUGGGCAACCCUCUACUUUCAUUGUGCUUGGAAUCGGUUCAUAAACCUUGCUUGAAAUUAAUUCUUGUUGGAAUUCUACUCUUGAAAAUUGACUGAUAUUGUUCUUGGAAUCUAUUCUUGAAAAUCAGUUGAUAUUUGGUUUUUGGAAUCUAUUUUGAAUUGUCCUUGGAAACCAUUCUUGUCUUGACCCUUGCUCUUGUUCGAAUUCUGUAUACUGCUCUUGCUGAAAUCCUGCAUGUUCUGUUAGUUCUUGUGUCAAUACACCUGUUGAUCUUCU